AUGCCGUUACUGGCCUGGCGCUGGUGGCUGGCCAGCCGUAUUGGCGGCCGGCUGGGCGUUGGCAUUCUGUUGGACGUUGGCAUUCUGUUGGAUAUUGGCAUUCUGACCAAGACUUCCGACCAGGCAUUAUCAAGUUAUAGCAGUGCCGCAGCUGUCCCAGAUACAGGAGGAGCAGGUGGUGCUGCAGCAGGUAGUGCCGGUGGUGGCAGAGGCAGUGCUAACGGAGCAACCGGAGAUGCUGGUGCCAGUGCCAGUGCCGUAUGA